AUCACACCGGCUACUGGUACAAGGGACAGAUGCUGGCGUCUACACUUAUUUUUAUAAAAUUUUAAUGAACUCAGAUUUCGAGAUAAAGUAGAAUGGUAAAUUUUUAGAGUUCACCCAUUUAAGAGCAAGGAAGUUCUCGUAGAUGAAUGGGGUCCAGGGAGUAUCUCUGUUGGUGUUAAAUUCAUGAGGAAGGAUGUGAUCCGGACUAUUCUCUGGUUGCUAGUGGCAACACAGGCUAAACCUCCCGCUCUCGUCUCCUUGACCUGACCAUGGAGUACCGCAGCGGAGGUCUCCUCUUCACGUCAAAGUUCGACUCUGGCAACUUGGCCCGGGUCGAGCGUGUUUACCAUGAUGACGAAGAUGAUGUGACCAUCAGACGGGUUGGUGACCCCAGCCCGACACCAGACUAUGAGUUCAACGUGUGGACCAAGCCGGAUUGUGGUGGGACGGAGUUCGAAAAUGGCAACAGGUCGUGGUUCCACUUUGCCAUCAAGGGCUGCCCAAUGAACAAGCUGGUAAAGAUCAACAUCAUGAAUAUGAAUAAGCAAGGGAAGCUGUACAGCCAGGGCAUGGCGCCCGUGGUCCGCGUACUACCCCAGAAGCCCAAGUGGGAGAGAAUAAGGGAAAGACCGACCUACGAGAAUGCUGAUGGUCAGUUCAUCCUGACCUUCACCUACCGUUUUGAGUACCGUUUCUCCUCCGUCUACUUUGCCUUCUGUUACCCGUAUUCCUACCUCGAGUGCCAACAGAGGAUGGAUGAAUUGGACACCCAGUUUACCCAAUGCCAAAACCUCUCGCCAUCAAGCCCCGUCAACUCCAUUUACUACCACCGGGAGCUGCUCUGCUACUCGCUGGACAGGCUGCGCGUAGACCUCAUGACCAUCACCUCGUGCCACGGACUGACCAGUGAGAGAGAGCCACGGCUACCCAAGCUGUUUCCGGACCAGUCCUUGCCACGCGCUCACAAGUUCCGAGGCAAGAGGGUAUUUGUUCUAACCAGUCGAGUUCACCCGGGAGAGACACCGGCAAGCUUCGUCUUCAAUGGCUUCCUGGAGUUCAUCCUGCGGCCCAAAGACCCCCGGGCCGUCCAGCUGCGGAGGCAGUACGUCUUUAAGCUGAUCCCGCUCCUCAACCCCGACGGGGUGCAGCGCGGCCACUACCGGACGGACCAGCGGGGGGUGAACCUGAACCGUGUGUACCUCGACCCGGACUUUGCCGUCUACCCGUCCAUAUUUGCCGCCAAGAGCCUUAUCCUGCACCACCACAUGAGCUCCAGGGUGAUCGCGAGUCCGAGCCCGAGAAAGGCCGACUUGAAGCCUGUGGUGGGGCGAAGCGAAAAGGGUGAGGGAGAGGGCGUUGUGGCAGUUGUAGCCCCCAGUGUUGAGGUGCAACAUUCUCCAGCAAACGCUAUAGUUGUUGUCCAUGAAGGAUCCGGGGAAGCUGCUGAGCUGAACACUGAAUGCCAAACGGACAGCACGAUGGACCAUCUCCAUGUGAAACCGGACAGGGAUGUUGUAACUGAUAACCAACAAGGUCAAGCAGAGCUGUUGGAUACCAGCCGGCUGGAUUCUAACACUGCUGCCAUGACCGCGGAACGAUUGGACAGCAAAAGCUUUAUGGAGAGCGAGACACGGUCGCACAUUUCCUCCGUUGCCAAGGAGAGCUCCGUGGAUGGCGAUUCAGGAGGCGAAGAUGACGAAGACAGAACCUUCCAACGAGCUCCUCAGGACGGGGUCACAAAGCCAGACCCAACCCCAGCAGCUGACGAAACCGGCUUGAACAUCUCGCCCAGCGAGAGCGGAGUGGCGCUCUACAUGGACCUCCACGGCCACGCCUCCAAGCGGGGUUGCUUCGUGUACGGCAAUCACUUCGAGGACGAGGAGAGGCACGUGGACAAUCUCCUCUUCCCCAAGCUGAUCGCCAUGAACUCAGCCCAUUUCGACUUCGACGGGUGCAACUUCACGGAAAAGAACAUGUACACCAAGGACAAGCGAGACGGCAUGUCCAAGGAAGGGAGCGGGCGUGUUGCUGUACACAAAGCCACUGGGAUUAUACACAGUUAUACCUUGGAGUGCAACUACAACUCCGGCCGUUUUGUCAACUCCCUCUCCCCAGCGACCAUGGACGACGGCCGCGCCACCCCGCCGCCCCUCGCCGGCUACCCACCCAAGUACACCCCUGCACACUUCGAAGAGGUUGGCCGUGCAGUUGCCGUAGCAGCCCUGGACCUCACGAACACCAACCCCUGGUCACGACUGGCAUCCACCGAGUACAGCAAUGUCAUGGGCGUACGGGCCUGGGUCCAGCGGUACAUUCGGAGCAUGCGCGGGGCUCCCUCGCUCCCCAAGAAGAUGGCAAGAGUAGCCUCCAAGACCUCUAGCAUAGUUGCAAGUGCCACUGCCAAUGCACUCCACAACCGGCCGCGAUUCUCCUGGAGCGAUACAGCGACGAGUCAGACGCCCUCUGGACCUCAAAAUAAUCCAGUUUCAUCAUCGGUGUCGGCGACGACCACAACGGCUGCCAAGAAAACAGCGACGCGCCAUCUUGGACCAGUCAGAGAAACAAAAGCAACACUUGAAAGGAAGAAGCACUUGCAACAACUGCAGGGGUCAAAGUUGGCAUCAGCCUCCAUUCCAGCCUUCGGUAGCACCACCCUGAGGUCAUACCCCCUCCCGAACCAGGGUCGACAAGCCCUCCCAAACCCCACAACGUCGCACCACUCUAGCACCCCUCAGGUCACCGCGGGCUCGACAAGCAGUCUCAAGCCACACAAGACGAGCCUGCAGUCACAGAGCAGCCUGUUGCAAGGGGUGCCGCACCCCCACGUUCAUGGGGUGACAAACCCGGUGACGCACGGGAUGCCCCCACCCAUCAGACAUGGAGUGACGCUCCCGGGCACGCUCAAAGGCAAGCCCCAGAGGCCGAGCGAAGAUAUGCAGUCAACGCCAAAUGUCGUCCACGAGUUACUCAGCAAUGUGAUGAUAAAAGCACUGGAAGAGUCCAUGAUGGCACAAACGAGGGGUGUAUCGAAGGUUUCUUGCGUCUCGCUCUCCCCCCUGCCGUCCCCUUCCCUGGAAGCCCCUCCCCCCUCGCAUGCCCAGGCCGCUAAUGCUGCCCAGUCUGACUCCAGCAACCGCACGGCAAUGCCCAUCCCCACCCUGACACCGGGCGUCAAAGUUCCCACCAAUCACAAGAUGCUGUUUCGGAUGGCCAACAAUGAGGCAGUUGCCAGUGAUGACAACAUCAACCCUAUGAAGCAGCAGGAUUCACCAAGCUCGGAACCUACCAAGAGACGCAAGAAACCAUCGGGGUUGAAGCGACGCAGCGCCUCACACAGCCCCACCCGCAAGGGGCGACGCACAGGGAGGGGGAAAGGGAGCGAGACGGACAGCGAGAAGGAGAAGAAACAGGGUCGGAGGCGCAGAAAAGGAUCCAUGGUGACAAGCCAGUCGGACCCCUUGACAAGUGAGAGCGUGCCUGACUUGAAUAUUGGACCACAGAAUGGGCACGACCAGACACCAUUAAGAAGACGAAGCUCAGACUUUGCAUCACCAGACAUAGCCAGCCAUCGCUCCAGGCUAGCCGCCCGCUUUGGCAAGUCGCAUUCCUUGGGGGAGAAUCCGGAGUCAAGUGUUUCAUGCCAAGUGGUGGACCUGAACAGCAUGAACAGUAACUGGAAGCCUAAGAAAGAGGUCUCCUUCUGGAUGUGAGGGUGGACUGACUGGAACUGGAUUGAACUGGAUCAGUUUCAGGCCUCCGUCUGUCUGUUGAGCAUGAACGGUCAGAAGCUGGAUUGAACUGGAUCAGGAUGGUUCGGCUUUCCUGGAUGUGAACGUGUAGUGACAUGUAAUGGAUUGAGCCGGAUCAGUCUGUUAUGGGUUUCCUUGUGGAUGUGAGUGUGGAGUCAGGAACUAGAUUGAACCGGAUUAGUCUGGUUCAGGUCACUGUGCACUCACGUCCAGAUGGAGACCUGCACCAGACCGUCUAGUUUAAUCCGCCUGAGCCAGAUCAGUCCGGUUCAGGUCUCUAGAUAUGAGCCUGGAGUGAUAGGAACAGGAUCAAACCAAAUCAGUCUGGUUGACACCGGAUUAUAAAGGAUUAGGUAAACCAUACAAACCUCCUAUCUUGGAAGAGGCAAAAGCCCUUGUCACACGACAACAAAAAAACUCGCAAGGCUUGAGACACAAUUUCAGAGCAGGGAUUGUUUACUUUACAGACUGUGAUGGGUCCCUUUCACACGGCACCGUGAGACGCUUACACUUAUUCCGCGGGUUGCCAGUGGACUCCACACUUACUGAGCACAAAUACCGCUAGUACCAGAGCAAUGAGAGGUCAAAGGUUGGAGACCAUCAAUGAAAAAUGGCUCAUGCUACAUCGGCAGAGUCAAACUUGCAGAUGAUAAAACGUUCUCCCGAAACCAAUGUUUCGGAGAGUACCAAAUAGCAGAAAAGUUCCAAGAGGGGCUGGGAGUAUGAUGAGACUCUAAGCCUUAUAACUGCCAUGGAAAACGUCGGGAUUAUGGCGAAAAUAGACGGCAUGGUCCACAAUAGCCAUGUGUGCUGGGAAGUCGCGGAAGGUAUUCCCUAUUGCACUGGCGAGUGCGCCACGCCAGGAUCGCUGGACAUAUCAUGCCUGAAAUGAAGUUAAAGGGCGCUCGUGCUGUGUGGGAUUGCAGGUCACUAUGCAUGCUCACUGUGUAGGUUAUCUCAGGGGAUAUUGUACAAUAAACAGUGCGUCCAUUCACACGACCGUUUCUCAUGGGUUGCUUGAGAAAUCUUCCGCUAGCAGAAGAUUUUGUCGUAGGUCCAGACCUCCUCCAAAAAAUCUCAAGGAUUCACCAGGAAUGCUUGUCACUCUCAAGCAUUAGCGACCUUUCACACGAUGGCAAGUUUGUAAGAUUUCUCAAGCAUGAGAAAAUUUCUCAAACCUUGCUAGUUUUUUUGUCGUCGUGUGAAAAGAGCUAAAGUCAUUUUUAUGUGUGUGAUGAUGUAACUCGUUUCUAUAACAAAGAGUGCUGUUAUUGGGGUCUAAACAGUCACCAAUGUAUGCUGCUCAAAAGAACAAAAAUUGUAUUCUUGGAAUCCAAGUAAAUAAAUUAAACUGUCAAAUUAGAGAAAUGUCAAUUUUGGACAGGGGCCAAUUACAUGUAUAUUGGUCUUGGAUGAUUUUGUUAAAAAUUUUGGGCCAGUUUUGAGUGGGUCUGAAUGGACUUGGACCAGUUUAGAAUGUUUCCACCAACUUUGAUCAGCAUAUGUAUUCUCAUGCUAGUGAUUCUAAGUAUCAAACUUGAAUAAUCUACCAGAAGUGUUUCAGAGUACUGUUCUUUUUUUUUAACAUUUUCACGACAAUCACAUAAUUGUACAUUAAAUGCCACAACUUACAUGUAUUCCUGCCAUUAAGAUCUCCACCAGAUAUCAUUUUUUUGUCUACCUCUUUGAUUCAAAGUCUGAAAAUCUACGACUAAAUUACUGCGAUGUUGCUGCACAGUCUUAACUGGAGUCAACAAACAUAUAUGAAAAGGACCUUUAUUCAUUAUGUGUUUCAGUUAGCUGCUUCCUGAACCAAAGACCAAGGUUUGUCCCAGAGGUAAUCCCGUCUGCUACACAAGUGUGUUAGUGUUUGUCUUCCGCAGUCUGGUAACUCAGUGUCUCACUACAAUGAUACACAAUAUGUAUACAUUGGCAUUGCGAGGCAACUCCCCCCUUCCCCAGAAAAAAAAUAAAAAUGACAGAAAACUUUAAAAGGGAUGAAAAGCAGCAAUUUCAUUGAAAAACAUCAAUAUUGGUUCCCUUCCGGUGUAAAUGGUUCAUCAGUUUGAUGCUAAUGAAUGCCCCCCCCCCCGGAAGUUUCCCUUGGAUGUAAACCUGGCAUUGCCCAUGUUUGUACACUAAUUGAUUGACCUUUAAUACUGAAAAGUUGAGCAGAGGUAAUUCAGUACUUGCAUAUUGUACAUUUUGCUUGCUGUGUUCUUUCACAAUGGGAUCAUUACCAAAAGGUUCUCAUACACAAGAAUGUGUGUUUGUGUAAGUAUGGCACCACUUCAGUGCAGUGCCUUCUGAAUGGAAUUUUUCCAUUAGGAGUACAUGUAUAGAGGGUUUGCGUGGCUGCCAUCUUGCAGGCCAGUGCUAUUUUUCCGCAGGGUAUGCACAAAGGCGGUUUCCCUGUGGAACACAAGAACUGCCCUGCAAGAUGGCUACCACGCAAAACCUCUAUUUUAUAUUUGCUGUUUAGUGAAGCCCAGUACAGUGGUGUGCAUGUUAGGCCAGGCUAGCAUUAUGUGUAGUGUAAAUUGUGUGUGUGCAUCGCUGAGUCGUGUGUAGUUAGAAACCUGCACCCCUAGUGGAUUGUGCGUGAAAAAGAUAGGUGAAAACACAUUUCAGUACUUCUCAAAUGACCUCUAGUUUCACUGUAACAUUCCUUUUCUCUGAAAUAAUGAUUGUACUUUUUAAGUUGUUACUUUUCUUGACGUGCUUUUUCUCCUGUGUUUUAAACAGAGCUAAGUUAUUUGUAAAUAUUACUGGAGAUGAAGAAUUGUGCCCGUCCAUAGACUAAUUCACGUUGUGAAACAGUUGUUGAUGUCAAACGUGCUGUGCCAGUCUAGGUUUUAUCUUUUGAAUUUUUCUUUACCAGAACUACGAAGUACUCAAUGAGAUAUUACUUAAUAGUUUUAAUAGAGAGAGACAAUCUUAAAGUUUAAGUUCAUAAAGCCAGUUCCCAUCUUAUGAAAUGUUGAUUUUAUUUUUACGUACUUUCUGAUGCCAGUGUAUGGAACCUAAGCUGUUCCAAAGAACGUUCUGUGUAUAUAUGUCGGUGACGCUUUAAGGCAGAUAUUGAAAUCGUUUCAAAAGUGUGGUGCUUUGUUCCUGUGAUAUGCAAAAAUAUUCAGCAUUAUGGCGUCAGUCUCUUGUUUGUCAUGUGUUUUCUUUGUUUUUGUGCGUCCAUGAUUUUUAGGAUGACAGCUGUUGUGAAGGUCUUAAUGGAUUGCACUUGUCGCAAAUUUAUGCGGCUUUUACAGCUUUGCAUUCUGGGACGCACUUUCUUAACCUUUGCUUCAGUUUCAUCCCGGGCUCUGUCUACAUUUAGUACAUCCUUGACUUUGCAGAUUUCUAUCCAAUGUGGGUCAAGUUUUACUCCUGGAUACUGGGAAUCCCAUGAGAUAAAGUCAGAGAUGAGAAGUGUUUCAUUAUUUUGGUUAAAACAUCAAAGACCAUUGACUGGUUUGGAGGUCAAAAAGGAAUCCCCAUCAUACGUGAAGUCGAGCUUGGAGAAAGUGUUGAAUGGAUGCACGAUUUUACCCCUUUCUUGGGGUUUCAUUUAUCUUUGUCAUAAAGUUAACGAUUCUGGUCAACUAAAUGGUGCCCCAACUCUUGACCCAUGGGUUUGACCAGUGCGGGAGAAGGGGUUUAUUUUUUCAUUACAAUCCCCGCGGGGAGAGAAGUCAUCUCAACCAAAAUACAAAAUUCUUGACCAAAAUCUGUCAAAUUUUCUCCACAGGAGUGAAGCACUUUUUCCCCCAUAGAGGCCUUUUCCCAUUAUAGAGGGUUUGCACAGCAGCCAUCUUGCAGGCCAGUGAUUCUGUUCCACAGGGUAUACACAAAGGUUUCCCUGUGGAACAAAAGAACUUCCCAGCAAGAUGGCUACCACGCAAAGCCUCUAUAGUGUUUGAUACAAACUUGCCAUUAGCAACUUCAAUAAUUGAGUUAUCCAGUGGACUAUAAAUGAAAACAGCUUGAGUUUUGGAUACACAUCUUCCUCUUUUUUCAAUUCUGAAUAUUUCUUUUUCUAUCUGGUUGUACAAUGUAUUCUAUGUUGUGACUGCUGAAUAAAGUAC